AUGGCCAACGGGAUGUUGAACGACGACAUGUCAGCCUUCACAAUUCCAGACUCACCAGAGCUGGAGCGUGCACCCAGCAUCAUCAAACCGGAAGCCAGGGUGCUUGUUGUGAUGACAGGUGGCACAAUCUGCAUGGAAAAAUCGGCAUUUGGCUUGGUUCCAGCACGCAACUUUCUCGAGCGAUGUAUGGCGCCUCGUCCAGAGUUCAACGACGGUUCAGAACAAGAAGACAUCGAAGUCAGAAUCGAGGUCGAUGGGCACACCGUGUCCAAAAGGCUGCGUUGUUUGCGCACCCCUGAAAGUAGAUAUGGCAAGCGUGUUCGGUAUGCUGUGCUAGAAUUCGAAGAGCUGCUCGAUUCAUCUUCCAUCGAUAGCACUGGCUGGAUCCAAAUUGCUGAAACAAUUCAUCGCAAUUACACCUUAUUUGACGGCUUCGUUAUCCUACACGGUACUGACAGCCUUGCGUACACUUGCUCAGCAUUGAGCUUCAUGCUACAGAACCUAGGCAAACCAGUCAUAUUCACUGGUUCUCAGGUCCCGUUCUCGGAGCGGAAGAACGAUGCCCUUGGCAAUCUGCUGGACUCGUUAGACAUUGCUGGCCAUUUUAUGAUACCUGAGGUAUGCCUGUACUUCAAUUCGAAGCUUUUUCGGGGAAACCGGACGACCAAAAUCUCAGCGAACGCGUUCGAUGCGUUUGGAUCACCCAACAUGCCGCCUUUGGCAUCGAUUACAGCGGAGGGAACCGAUGUCGACUGGAAGGUCGUCCGCAGAUCAACAGAACUGCAGCCAUUCAGUAUUCAGACCAAUCUAGCCAUACAUCACGUCGCCUGUCUCCGAAUAUUUCCAGGUAUAACGCCGAAGAUGCUGGACGGCGUGCUUCAUACCGAGAAGCUUAAAGGCUGGUGCUCGAAACUCAUUGCCAAUGCCGUUGACCGAGGCAUUGUCAUCGUCAAUGUGACACAGUGUCUGACGGGCAGUGUGAACCCAGUGUAUGCGGCAGGAAUGGUUCUGAGUCAAGCUGGCGUCAUUGCUGGAUGUGAUAUGACCACUGAAGCAGCUCUGGCGAAGCUGUCUUACCUUCUGGCCUUGCCAGGAGCAACUCCCGAGAGCGUGGCACGAGAUAUGGCCAGGUCGAUCAGGGGCGAGUUGACCGAGAGCGUGAGGACUGUGUUCGAGCAUCCUCUCGGCACGUUGACUGACCAUGCUACCCACAUCACGGCCAUCGCGUACGCGAUCAAAGCUGGCGAUCUCGAGAAGGAAGGUCCUAUAUCGGAAAGUCACGCCUCUGGCAUUUUCGGUAAGAAGCGUCUUGGCUCUGGCGGUGUAAACCAGUUUGAUGCGUAUGCCAGACGCAAAGAAGACGGUAGCCAUCGUCAAUGGCUCAGGAAGGCAGGCUGCGUCGGUGAUAAGGCUGUCACCUCGAUAGGAUGGUCGGUCAGAGCUCAAGUAUACUCACUGGAGGGUCUCGUCUCUGAGGAACUGGCCGACUUACCAGGUGUGACUCUGUUUGAGGGUAGUCUCCUCGACAACCCUGUACUCAUCGACACAGUCUUCGAAGGUGCUCAAUUGGCUUUCAUCAACACAUUUCCCAACGCUGGCGACGAAGUACGGAUAGGCAAGGCUCUUGCCAAUGCAGCGAAGAAGCACCGUAUUCAGCACUAUAUAUACAGCUCGAUGCCAGAUCAUUCGAUACACAAUCCUUCCUGGCCAGCUCUACCCAUGUGGGCUCCCAAGUUCAUGGUCGAGAACUACAUUCGUCAGCUUGGACUUCCUGCAACAUUCACAUAUACCGGAAUAUACAACAAUAAUUUCACCAGCCUGCCCUACCCUCUAUUCUGCAUGGACUUCAAGGAUGACGAUACUCUGGAGUGGCGAGCACCCUUUCAUCCCGACACAAAGCUACCAUGGCUAGAUGCUGAGCACGACAUGGGUCCAGCGGUAUUGCAGAUCUUCAAACAGGGCCCCAAGCAAUGGAACGGGCAUAGAAUAGCAUUAGCAUUCGAAAACCUCACACCAAAGCAAGUAUGCGCCGCCUUUGGCCGUGCGCUCUCCCGGCCAUGCAGAUAUGUCUACGACCAACACAUCGAAGUCAAAGUUCCCAUUCCAGCUGGCUAUCGAGAACAGCUGGCUGGCAUCGAAGUGCUGUUCGGCAAAUACAACGCACCAUACUUUCCCGGUCCCGAGUUUCAGUAUCCGCGACAACGAGGCAGCGGCAGUGGCAGCGGCGACAGACAUCGCAGAGGGUCCGAGGUUAGCACCAAGUCAGACAAGCCGUUGAAGCUCACCAGCGAGGCGAGAGAGCUGUGGGAAGGGUACAGAGGCAUUGAGGAGUACGCUAGAGAGGUAUUUCCGGUAGAAGAGGAGGCAAACGGCAAGGACUGGAUGAUAGAGAAGGGAUUGAGCUCCUAA